CCGCGCGCGCCGCAGACUCGGCGUAGGGGUUGGCGCUGGCCAAGGGUCGGGUGUCGCGGGCUGCCGCCGAGUGCGCCCAGCCCGCCCUCUCCGCGGCGCCUCGCCGGGUGCGCCGCCGCGGCCCAUGGGGAGAGUCAGCCGGGCGGGCCAGCAUUAAAUUGAAAAAAUGUCCCUGUAUGAUGAUCUGGGAGUGGAGACCAGUGACUCAAAAACAGAAGGGUGGUCCAAAAACUUCAAACUUCUGCAGUCUCAGCUUCAGGUGAAGAAGGCGGCUCUCACUCAAGCCAAGAGCCAGAGGACAAAACAGAGUACAGUCCUUGCCCCAGUAAUUGACCUAAAGCGGGGAGGCUCCUCAGAUGAGCGGCAGAUUGUGGACACCCCACCGCACGUGGCAGCGGGCCUGAAGGAUCCUGUACCCAGUGGGUUUUCUGCAGGAGAAGUUUUGAUUCCCUUAGCUGAUGAAUAUGAUCCUAUGUUUCCCAAUGACUAUGAGAAAGUGGUGAAGCGCCAGAGAGAGGAACGACAGAGACAGCGGGAGCUGGAAAGGCAAAAAGAAAUAGAAGAGAGAGAAAAGAGGCGUAAAGACAGACAUGAAGCUAGUGGGUUUUCAAGGCGACCAGACCCAGAUUCUGAUGAAGACGAAGAUUAUGAGCGAGAGAGGAGGAAAAGAAGUAUGGGUGGAGCCGCCAUCGCGCCACCCACUUCUCUCGUGGAGAAAGACAAAGAAUUACCCCGAGAUUUUCCUUACGAAGAGGACUCAAGACCUCGCUCACAGUCUUCCAAAGCUGCCAUCCCUCCCCCAGUGUACGAGGAACAGGACAGACCCAGAUCUCCCACUGGACCUGGCAACUCCUUCCUUGCCAACAUGGGUGGCACAGUAGCACAUAAAAUCAUGCAGAAGUACGGCUUCCGGGAAGGCCAGGGUCUUGGGAAGCAUGAGCAAGGACUGAGCACAGCAUUAUCAGUGGAGAAGACAAGCAAACGAGGAGGCAAGAUCAUUGUGGGCGAUUCCACAGAGAAAGAUGCAUCCAAGAAGUCAGAUUCAAAUCCAUUAACUGAAAUUCUUAAGUGUCCUACUAAGGUGGUCCUACUAAGGAACAUGGUUGGUGCAGGAGAAGUAGAUGAAGACUUGGAAGUUGAAACCAAGGAAGAAUGUGAAAAAUAUGGCAAAGUUGGGAAAUGUGUGAUAUUUGAAAUUCCUGGUGCCCCUGAUGAUGAAGCAGUACGAAUAUUUCUAGAGUUUGAGAGGGUUGAAUCAGCAAUUAAAGCUGUUGUUGACCUGAAUGGGAGGUAUUUUGGUGGACGGGUGGUAAAAGCAUGUUUCUACAAUUUGGAUAAAUUCAGGGUCUUGGAUUUGGCAGAACAAGUUUGAUUUUAAGAACUAGAGUAUGAGUCAUCUCCAGUGACCCUUAAAUGAGCUGAAAGCUGAGCAGAGAAGAAAAUGGCAGCAGCCAGCCUCCAUGGCUCUUGGGUACAAAGACUCUUGGAAGGACUUCUAAAUAUAUGUUGAUUGAUCCCUUUUUUAUUUUGUGGUUUUUUAAUAUAGUAUAAAAAUCCUUUAAAAAAAAACAAAACCAACAAUCUGUGUGCCUCUCUGGUUGUUUCUCUUUUUUAUUACAUUUUUUGCUAGGAUUUCAUGGUAAUUCUCAAGUGCUUCAGUGAUCCAGCAUUUCUUGCACUAAAAAAUCUAGAAAGUUUUGGGAUUUGGGGUUGUAUUGUUAUCCUUUGCUUUUCUUUCUUUCUUUUUUGAUUCAUUUUAAUAAAACCUGCAAGUUACUAAACUGUAGCUUCCUAAAUUCUAUAAUAAAGUAUCAUCUUGGCAGUCUGCCAAAGGUGAAAAUGUCUUCUUUCUCUAACAGAGAAAUUCUUAUUGACUCCAGUCAGAAAAAAAACUUUAUGACCUGAACUGAGGUUGAAGAAUUGUGAGCCUACCAUGACCUAUUUGGAUGGAUCAUUUUUGGUUAAGCUAAGUCAGACUACAGAGUUUGUGGUGGAUUUGGGGUAUAUGGAUAUAGAAAUCAUGAAUCUAGCAUUUUUUUCAGAGAUUCAAGCAUAGCUGUUAGUGUAGAUCAGAAAUUAAGUUAACUGAAAACCUUGCAGGUACAUUGUAAAUGAGUGCCCAAUUAUGUUUUGGAAAUGAUGGUUCCUUGGGGUCACAUUUCUACUGGCAAAAUUUGUAGUAGUAGUUCUCGUAUGUAACUUAAAACUUCAUAAAAUUCAGCCACAUCAUCUACUUAAACUGUACUGCCAAGUAAUACAAUUCUGAAAUGGUGAAAAAUUGUACCAUUAAAGUGCAGUGGUAUGUGUGGCUUAAAAAUUCAGUAGGACCACAAAAAAGAAAAGAGAUAAAAAUAUUUGGUACUGACAUUUAUUGCCAGAGCAGGAAGUAUUUCCAGAAUAUACUUGUGCCUGUGUUCUGUUCCUUGCUUGCCCGAAUAUUGCAUGUGACUUUUCUGAAGGACAUGCACCUGUGUUGUCUCUAGAUUAUUAAGACAUGAAAGUGUGUUGUGACCCUUCGGGGAAGAAAGCACUCAACAUUUCUUUGCAUCCAUGGACUUGGUUUGGAGACAUAAGGAAUAUUCUGACCCUUUUUAAAAAAGGAUUUUCUCAUGUUUUUAUUUAACAUAAAUAAAAAGGAUAACAUUUUCUCUUU